AUGGAAGACGAUGAGGAGACCCUGUCAGAAGUGACGGGAGAAGCCAGAAAGAUCGUUUUGGCGAUAGAGAAAAUGGAGUUUCGCGCCGGAUGUUCAGUGGUGAAGCUGACGCAACCAGCGCGUUUGUGGAUAUACAGGCCGGUUCGGGCGGCACAGAGGCCCAGGACUGGGCUGAAAUGUUGUUCCGUAUGUAUACCCCGAUGGGGAGAGUCCCAGGGCUACAAGCUGGAAAUUAUUGAGCGGUCCGAAGGCGACGUUGCCGGUUUGAAAAGUGCCACUAUCAAGAUGACAGGCGAAUACGCCUACGGCAAUUUGCGCACAGAAACCGGUGUACACCGCCUUGUGCGAAAAAGUCCUUUCGACUCCGGAAACCGCCGACAUACAUCGUUUGCUUCGGUCUAUGCCUAUCCGGAAAUUGACGAUAGUUUCGAUAUAGAAAUUAAUCCGGCAGAUCUGCGUAUUGACACCUAUCGAGCCAGCGGUGCUGGUGGACAGCACUGUCAGAAUGAUCGCUCGCAACAUCGCAACAAGGCGGAAGCAAUGAAUAUGCUGAAGGCGCGUUUGUAUGAGGCUGAAAUGCAGAAACGUCGUGAACAGUCGCAGACCAUUGUCGGCCGUAUGAUGUGCAAACGGGUAAUGGGCAAAGCAAGCUUUGCGACGCUUCAAGAUGGCGGUGGUCGGAUACAGAUUUAUGUGCAGCGUGAUGCGUUGCCAGAGGGGGUCUAUAACGACGCGUUCAAAAAAUGGGAUAUCGGCGAUAUUGUUGCCGCUGAAGGCACCCUUUUCCACACCAAGACUGGUGAGCUAAGCGUGCGCGCAACCGAUGUCCGACUACUCACUAAAUCAUUGCGGCCCUUGCCGGAUAAACACGCCGGGCUGACCGAUUCGGAGAUCCGCUAUCGUCAACGUUAUGUCGAUUUGAUUGUGAACGAAGAAAGUCGGUCGGUAUUCAAAAAGCGCGCAAAGGCAAUUCAGGCAAUUCGCGAGUUUAUGAUCAACCGGGAUUUUAUCGAAGUAGAAACGCCGAUGAUGCACCCGAUUCCCGGGUGGUGCGGUAGCGAGAGACCUUUUGCAACCCACCACAACGCGUUAGAUAUGUCUUUGUAUAUGCGAAUCGCCCCAGAGUUAUAUCUUAAACGCCUGACUGUUGGUGGCUUCGAAAGAGUGUUUGAAAUCAACCGCAGCUUCCGCAAUGAGGGUGUCAGCGCCCGCCAUAAUCCCGAGUUCACCAUGCUCGAGUUUUACUGGGCCUAUGCUGAUUUUCGCGACCUUAUUGAUAUGACCGAACAAAUGAUCAGAAGCAUCAACCAUAAAGUUACUGCGGAACAGCUCAGCUCGCUCGAGGAUAUUCGGGCACUGGCAGAAUCACUCAAAAUUGAAAUUAAGGACAACUAUGGCGUCGGUAAAAUACUCACAGAAAUUUUUGAGGAACGGGUAGAGCACAAGUUAAUCGGGCCAACGUUUAUUACUGGCUAUCCGGUGGAAGUAUCACCGCUGUCACGACGUAGUGAUGACAAUCCGGAGGUCACCGAUCGAUUCGAGUUUUUUAUUGCCGGUCGCGAGAUUGCCAACGGUUUCUCUGAACUUAAUGAUGCCGAAGAUCAGGCAGAACGUUUCCAAAAGCAGGUAGAAGAGAAAGACGCCGGUGAUGAUGAGGCCAUGCACUACGAUGCCGACUAUGUGCGAGCGCUGGAAUAUGGCAUGCCGCCAACUGCGGGAGAAGGCGUCGGUAUUGAUCGUCUAGUCAUGUUGCCUGACUGA